CCUCAAAUAUAUAAACAUAAAUAAAUAAAUAAUAUUAAUAAGAUUUGUUUUGUUAUAAGCUGGAUAUGCCGUACUGCUUGUUGUAAGUAAUUCAAAUCCUGAACCAAACAAAGCUUCCGCCUUUGGGCAAAAACUUUUAUUGCAGUCGUUGUCAAAACUUGGAGUUUGUGGAAGUGGACUCUAAAUAUCUAAUGUAGUACUGCUUAAAGGAAGCUGUGAAGUAGAUUAACCAUUUAACUAAAGAAUGGAAUGCAACAGAGAUGAAGCCACUAGGGCAAAGGAAAUCGCUGAAAGUAAGUUCUCUAAUAAGGACAUUACAGGUGCAAAGAAAUUUGCUUUGAAGGCUCAAAGUUUGUAUCCAGACCUUGAUGGUAUUUCCCAGUUUUUAGCAAUUCUAGAUGUGCAUGUUGCUGCUGAAAAUAAAUUUAACGGGGAAUUAGAUUUUUAUGGGAUACUUGGUGUGAACCCGUUAGCUGAUGAUGAUACCGUGAGGAAGCAUUACCGAAAACUAGCGUUAGCUCUUCAUCCUGACAAGAACAAAUCUAUCGGGGCAGAUCGGGCAUUUCAAUACGUUUCUGAAGCCUGGAAUUUACUAUCUGAUAAAAACAAAAGAUCAGUGUAUGAUCAUAAAAGGAAUGUUAGGGUUUUUAAGCAGAAGGUUCAGACUCAAAAUGGUGGUUCGCGACCGCCAAAUGGUUUUCACUAUUUCACAAAGGCUACAGCUGCACAAAAGGUUAAAGCAAAGGAUACACCUACUACUACUACUACUACUAAAGCAAAGGAUACGGCUACUACUACUAAAGCAAAGGAUACAUUUACUAAAACAAAGGAUAAUACCGCUAAAGGAAAGGAAUCUACUGUCAAAAGAAAGGAUACAACUAAUAAAGUGAAUGAUACAGCUGCUAAAGCGAUGGAUGUUACUACCGAUGCAAAGGAUAUGACCGACUCUCAAAAGGAAAAAGUUAAAGCAAAUCCCAUAAAAACAGGUCCGACCUCUGUUCCUUCAUCAUCGAAUAAGCAAAUGGUGUCCAAGACGUUUUGGACUGUAUGCAAGAGAUGCAAAUUGCAGUAUGAGUUUAGAAGAAUGUAUGUGAAUAAAAAUCUUCUAUGUCCAACUUGCUAUGGACCUUUUCUUGCAAUAGAGACUCCGCCGCCAAAUAUCAAUGCUUUUUCAGAAGUUCCAGAAAGCUCGCAAGAAGCAGGUAAAACUGUCAUGAAUGUAGAAACUUGCAAGACCGUGAAAGUUGAACCAGCUCAUGGUACUAACUCCCAGUGGGUUCCAUUUUCAAAAGUGAGCAGUCCAGCUGAUGUUGCUCAAGCUGCUACUUUGGUUCAACAAACUUAUCAGAAAGUGAAAAGGGAUAGAGAAGAAGCUCAAGCAACCACUAAAAGAGAGAAAGCUUUGAGAAGGAAGAUUGCGAAAAAUGAAGCUAAGUUGUCAUCUCAGCACUUGAAUUCUAUGAAAACGAAGCAGGAUGUUGACGCGUUAGUUGCAACUAAUGAAACUGGACCUACUGUGGUAAAGAAAGAUGUUUCCGAUACAGACAUCAAGAAUUGUCUCGUUAACAAGUCAAGAAUGGAAAUCAAAAAGAAAUUACAUGAAUGGAGCUCAGAAACUGUCAAAGAUUCGAAAGAUCAUGAGAUGGAUGUACCAGAUUCAGAUUUUCAUAAUUUUGACCAUGACAGAAGUGAAAUGUGUUUUGAAGAAGGUCAGGUCUGGGCUGCCUAUGAUGAUCCUGACGGGAUGCCACGCUCCUAUGCCAUGAUUCGCAAGGUAAUCUCUGUAGACCCUUUUAAGAUGAAGGUAUGCUGGCUUGAUCCAAAACCUGGCAAAAAGGAAGCAUUUGGGGAGUUUAAAGCAGGAAAUAUCGAAAUUGUUUCUGCUCCCAACUAUUUUUCUCACAAAGCUAAUUUCACAAAACAAGAAAGUGGGAACGUUUUGAUUUUUCCUAAGAUAGGAGAUGUGUGUGCUCUGUACAGGAAUGAUCAAACAUUGGGUUUAGUAAAAGAUAAGUAUGAAAUUGUGGAAGUUGAUCAAUACAAUGAAGUAACUGGUAUUACCGUCACUCCACUUGUCAAAGUUGCUGGCUUUAAGACGGUGUUUCACAGGCAUCUAGACCCCAAGGAAACAAGGGUAUUUUUGAAAAAAGAAAUGUCGCAAUUUUCUUAUCAAAUACCUUCCUAUUUGCUUACGGGUCAAGAAUCCCCAAGUGCUCCAAAGGGCUGUUUUGAGCUCGAUCCCGCAUCUGUUCCUCCUGAAUUUCUACAAGUUGGUGAAAAUGUCAAAAACGUCGAUGAAGCGGCAAACGUUAAGUGUCAUAUGUCCGAUAAAGAUGGUGGUUUGGCGGAAGUUAAGGAACUGGAUAACAUGGAGGUUGAAGAAUGCUCCAAGUACUGAUGGUGUUUUGUCCUAUAUGGGUCCAAAUUUCCUGAACUUGGGAGUUGGGAGUUUUUUUUUGUAAGUUUUGUGGCUUGUUGGAUGGGAAAGAAAAUAGCGGUGACAUUUAGUGUGCGUUAGGCAGUUGGACCAUGUGCUUAUAAGUUUGUCCAACAAAACUGAUCUUUUUUUUGGGGUUAGAUACUACAAUCUUUUGACUUUAUCCCAAAUGUUUUGUACUUGUAGAACCAUAUGACUAUGUCAGUAACUGAAGAAUAGAAAGGGAUAUUUUGGUA